UACUAUCAUCAGGUUGUGGGUGGUCAGUGGAGAGCAAAGGGGGAUUGCCCGAGUCGCGAAUUUGUCUUGUACCCAUAUACAUGCACUAAUAUAUAUAUAUAUAUAUGUGUGUGUUUACAUCUACAGACGUAGAUUGUAGAUAUCCAUAUACACAUACACAUAUAGUAGGACGUCAACGGUGGAGCCCGUCAAAUCUGGUAAAAUCGAACAUGGCGUCCGCUAGGUUAUCGCCGUAAAUUGUACCAGUGAAUUUCAAACAAGAUUUAUGCUGAUUUAUUGGGAUUAUCGUGAGCGGACUCGGAGCACCUCGUCCUCGGGGAGGCGUCCAAGCUCCUCAAAAUCCCUUGAAAGAUAUUCCCGUGUCACUUAAUCCCAGUGAUAAGAGGACGAAUGGCCGCGUAAACAUAGAGUAGAGUGGCUUGUGUGUUGGUUGCUGCUGCUACUAGCUGCUACACACCCUGGAUCAAACUGUACAACGCGACCUUUCCUUACUGGUUUUUAUCAUCAUCAAUGUGCAGUGGUUUAUUAUUCUAGUGUUAUUAUAUUUUUUUUUAUUUUACUUUACUAAAUAUUAUUAUUUUUAUAACUAUGACUAUUGUGAUUAUUAAUUAUUUUAUUAUCGUGACAAUUAUUAACCAAGACAUAAUAACUCGUAAAUUGUUUUUUCAGACGGGGUAGCAAGAGAUAAACUAAAAAAAUUUUCUACUCACAUUCGCACAUUGUUGAAAAAAAGAAAAAAAAUAAUAUUUUAAUUAUUCUACGUGGAGUUUUUAUUUGUGCAGUUUAAAUAUAAAUGUUUAUCCUGGGCUAAGUAUUACACUCGCAUAAUUUAUAAAAAUUUAAUUGCAAUUACUAACUAAAAUAUUUUCCAUAAUUUUUUUGUUAUUGUUUAUCAGAAUAUUAUUUUAUGAUAAUAUAUGCAAUGAAAUUCAACUGAUUGUGAUUGUUAUAAUAAUAGUUUUGUGCAUUUAUUAAAACGUGGCAAUUGUGCUGUGCAAAUGAGGAACCUCUUGACAAAAUAAACAUAAGAGUAAACAAAAUUUACAUUGAAACCUUUCUUUUCUUAACUCAAAGGUGACGGCAACAACAACAACAACAACAACAACAACAACAAUAAUAGAAGUACCAAUAGUAAUAGUACCAAUACCAAAUAAUGUUUAAAUAGAAAAGAACGAGGGAUUAAGAAAAGUAAAUGUUAUUUACGUGCCCAGAUACUUAAAUGAAAAUCUAAAUACAAAUAUUUGAAGAAAAUCUGCUGAGCCAUAUGCCGCCAGCCGGGCUAUCGGCAAAAGGUUUGUGUACAUUGAUGGACAACGGACAACCAGAUGCUCGUCAUCGGAGCGAGCGCUACUUGUUAUAUACAGAGAAUGGCUCGUCUCAGCCGAAUACACCAAGUACUGCUGCUUCGUCGCCAAGGUAUCAUAACGCUACCAGAGAUAACAACUAUUCAGUCAGCUACGGUUAUUCGUACGGACGUACGUCGAGUAACAACAUGUCUGAUAGCAGCGUGUCGGAUACACACAGCGGUGGAACAGCCAGAACAGUGUCUCAACAAACAAGUCCAUCUCACGCUACUCUUUCGUCGUCCCACUCGCGACAGGAUAACAGCGCGACAUUGUUUACGGCAUUGUUUGACUACAAUGCGACCUGCGAAGAUGAAUUAUCUUUGCAACGAGGUGAAACAGUUGAAGUACUGUCGAAAGACUCCAAAAUAUCCGGCGACGAGGGCUGGUGGACGGGUAAAAUCCGAGGACAGGUGGGAAUUUUCCCCGCAAAUUUCGUCGCUGAGGCUGAGUGCAUCGACAGGGUCUCGUCGGUGAUUGACAAAGUUCAGCCUGUUGAGAUUGAUUUUAAUGAGCUGCAGUUGGAGGAGGUUAUUGGAGUCGGUGGAUUUGGUAAAGUGUAUAGAGGGUAUUGGAGGAAACACGAAGUUGCAGUAAAAGCAGCACGACAAGAUCCAGACGAAGAAAUCAGUGUGAUAAAAGAAAAUGUUCUACAAGAGGCCAAACUAUUUUGGUUGUUAGAACAUGAGAAUAUUGUUCAAUUAGAAGGUGUUUGUUUAAAAGAACCGAAUAUGUGUUUGGUAAUGGAGUAUGCUCGUGGUGGUAGUCUAAAUAGGGUUCUUAAUGGUCGUAAAAUACGACCUGAUGUACUUGUGGAUUGGGCUAUACAAAUUGCGCGAGGAAUGGAUUACCUUCAUAACAAAGCACCCAUUAGUCUUAUUCACAGAGAUCUUAAAAGUUCUAAUGUGCUGUUGAGCGAGCCAAUCGAAAACGAUGAUCUUCAGUAUAAAACUCUGAAGAUAACGGAUUUUGGAUUAGCACGUGAAGUUUACAAAACAACUCGUAUGUCUGCUGCGGGAACGUACGCGUGGAUGGCUCCAGAAGUCAUUAAGCAGAGUACUUUUAGUAAAGCCAGUGAUGUAUGGAGCUAUGGUGUACUUUUAUGGGAACUUUUAACUGGUGAAGUACCGUAUAAAGGUAUAGAUGCAUUGGCUGUAGCUUACGGAGUUGCUGUCAAUAAGUUAACUCUACCUAUUCCUUCAACGUGUCCACAACCUUGGAGAUUUCUCAUGGAAAGUUGUUGGGCGUCUGAUAGUCACGGACGUCCGGGUUUCAUAGAAAUCCUUGAUUUACUGGAUGAAGUAAGAAGUUCAUUUGCAGCAACACCUCACGAGUCGUUUCAUACAAUGCAGGAAGAUUGGAGACUUGAAAUUGAAGAGGUGCUUCAUGGGUUGCGCAUGAAGGAAAAGGCAUGCCGUUCUCUUGAAGAAGAGUUGCGCUGCAGAGAAGAAGAACUGUCAAAAGCUCAAGUGCAGCAGAAACAACAGGAAGAGAAUCUUCGGCAGCGGGAGCAAGAGUUAGCAGCUCGCGAGAUUGAUUUAUUAGAACGAGAGCUUACUGUGAUGAUAAUCCAGCAGCAAACUGUUCCUACGCCUAACAUGAGGAAAGGAAAGUUUAAAAAAUCUAGAUUAAAACUUAACAAGAAGGAACCGGGUAGUAAUAUCAGUGCACCUUCAGACUUUCGUCACACAAUAACUGUUCAACAUACAGCUCUUGAUAGAGGAAAAAAUCGAAACCCAUCGAGACCAAAUAGCCCUCCGGGCUCACCGAGUAUUCCCCGACUUCGAGCGAUAGCUUUACCGGCCGACGGAGUUAAGGGUAAAACGUGGGGUCCGUCAACACUACAUCAGCGCGAGCGUGGCGCAAUAAUCACUCAACCACCAAAUCCUUCAUCACCAGGUGGCAAACGUUGGUCGCGAUCUGCUCCGGAUCUUGAAAAGACUCCUCUUCGUACCGCACUACUGGCAAGCGCCCAACGAUCACCGUUGCUACAAGAAAUAGGCCUUUCUGAGGAAAACAUCCAAUCUACUCAUUACCCGACGCUGCCGGCGGACAUGUCUUCGGAGUGGAUGACGAUGGAGUACCCACCAAAACCAGGACUGAUUGGUCCUUACGUAAUGCCAAUGCCUGUACCAAUGCCAACGCUCUACAAUGGAGAAGCUAAAAAACCAAAGCCAGGAAUAAUUGAACUGGUACUUUAUAAUAUAGCAGCGAUGCUGGCUGGUGUUGCCACCGGCUAUGACGUUAAAAUGUCAAAUGUGUCGCCAAUUCAUCCGCGGUUGUAUCCGAGAAUUACUGACGGCGAAGAAGAACCAGGUCGAUACUGGUUCCAAGCUGAUACCGGGUCCAAUCGUAACUCGGGGUACCUCGGAGCUGACUAUGAGUUCAGUUCACCCAGCGGUUAUCCGCAUAAUACCUAUCAUGGUCCAGCGAGACAUUACAGGCCAUUCUUAAGCAACAUGGGCGGUAUUGCUCCAGGUCUUCCUUUAAAUAUAAUCGAUAAACCUCUUCGGUUUACGGAUUCGCCACAGCAUUACGCGGGGAACACUGGCUCGAAUGUACCCACACCGAGUCCAAGACGUAAAAGCUCGAGUACAAGUAAUGAAGAAGCUUAUUCAGCAGAUAAUGCACGUAUGGAUAGAAUAGAAAGGGUACCCACUAUUUAUAUGGGUAAUGUACCGCCUUAUCCUGAUUACGGGCCACCAAUGUACACCAUGAUGCCUCCGGAGUAUUAUAGACCACCUGAGUCUAGUUACUUCAAUCCUACCGAUUAUCAUGACAGGAUGUUAGAGUGUCCUGAAUUUCCUCAUGCAUACGACAAUCCAAGUACCAUUAAUAGUUUAGUAAGAACAUCAUCGCGACUACCUAAUUACACUCACAAUCGUACGUCGUCAAAUGUCUCAACAACCAGUACAUCGAGUCAAAGCAACAUAAAUCCAUCAUUCCGACUGGACGACGAGUCUGACUACGCACUGUAUUCACCAACGCAUUACUACCAGAGGUCACAAAAUGUACUCAGCAAUAUCGGAUUAAGUUACACUGGUGUUAACCAUGAUUAUACCGCGUCACCUCAGUACCUGACACGACAAAAUUCGCAUGACUCAAACCCAAACUCAAGUGAUCGCUCCAGCAAUCUUGAAGUCGUCACUAGGCUACGCUCAAGCUUAAAGAGAUCUAAUUAUUCGUACAAUUCACCGAAGAGUACGAGCAAAAAUAACUCUGGGUCGGGUACUCCGACGAAUCCAACACCACCUGAUUCAUUGACGUCUGAAGACUCGAGUUAUGUGUCAGCGAAAGACAGUCAAAUAUCAAUGAGUCGUGUACGUUUUUCACCUGUAACAUUUGACCGUGAUCGCGACCGUGACAGUUUGUCGUCAUCACGGGAUCAUCGCGAUGCGUUACUCGACAUACCGAUUCAUGCUCAGGGAUCAGAGGCAGUUACGUCACCGUUACAAUCAUCACGAAGACACAAUAGUAGAAAUCGUAAAUCAAGUAUAUCGGAACUCGAACGUGAAUUUUUAUCAUAGCAUUGGCUCAUUUAAAUGCGCUAAAUUGCUACAAUAUGUACUUAAUUAUUUAAAGGACAUAUAUGUGAUCUACACUUGUCAGUGAACGAGAAAAAAAAAGAGUGAAUGUGAAUAAGUUGUUAAUGAAAUUAUUUGAAUUUAUGGUGGAGUUAUUUAACACUGCCUCUUAUUUCACUGAUAACUAUUAUAAAAUGUUCUAUGGAAUUUAAUUAAAUUUUAAUAGCCAUAGAUAUUAAUAGAAUAGUAAUUAAAAAAAGAAAUAAUCAAAUUUAUAAUUUACAUUCCACGCAAAUAGGGUUGUGCAAAUACGAGACUUUUUUUAAAAUGAAUAUUUUUUAUUUUUAUUAUAAGUAAACAAGUCAAAUAACAGCAUUUAAGCACAGUUUUUAAUGAGACUAAAUCUUUGAUGAUUCCUUUUAACAUUCCGUACUAUUUAAAAACAAACAAAAAAUUUUUAUAAUUAUUUAACGAUUAAUCAUUCCUAUGUGAAUAUUUUUAAUUAUUUUUUCUUUGACGUAUCGAAUUGAUUUAUUAUAUUUAUAAUUUAAUUAAUUAUAAAUUUAGUUUUUAAAAUCAAAAAACAUUCUUUCAUCAUGUACGUGUGAUUAUAAAAGAGCAGAGAAUUAUCUCAGAAUGAUUAUCAGUAUUUUAUAAUACAUCGGAGUGUACAUAAAAAUUUAACGAGAAGUAAAAUUAAUAUAAUUAAAUUGGAGGGAUAUGACAAAUUUUAAUAAUUGAAAAAGAAUCGUGUAAGAAUAAUUACUUUACACGAAAAAGCAUCAUCGAACAUUUAUACAAGACUGUGUUAAAACAUAGUCUGUAAAAAAACCAGUUAGCACAAUUAAAAUUGUAAAAAAUAACAGACAUAGAAUCUUUCAAGUUUAUUUUUUAAUCUCAAAUAAUUAUUUUGUGAGUUCCUUCCUAAAGUUUGCUAAAUGAAAGUUGUUAAGAAACCUUAGAAAUUUUUAGUUGGCGAUCAAACGAUUCCCGUAUCAGCUGUACAAAAUAAUUUGCGGUGCUAGUAUCGUGUACUUAAAUUAUAAAUGUGUAAAAGAGAUGAAACAAAAAUAACAAAUAAUAAUGAAUGAAAUCAUUUAAACAAAAAUGCUUCCAUAAUAAUCGAAACUUAUAAAGUUUAAAGAGUAUGAAAAAUAAAAAAAAAAAAAAAAAAGUAAAUUCAUAAUCGAUUUAUAGGUGAAUUAUUUAAAGUAAUUGAUUUUUAAAGAUUCUUAUUAUUAUAACCAUUAAUCCGGUGAUAGUGCUAACAAAUGAAUAAUUAUAAUAUAAUUGGAUAUGCGAUGCAGCUAACGAUGUAAAAUUGUUGUGUAAUGGCAUUUAUUUGCCAAAAGUGCUAGUCUAAGCUAUAUUUAUUAUUUUUUUUAUACUUUAAGAAACAAACAAAUUAUUAAAAAAUAUUAACGUAGUCUAUUUAAAAUCGUCAAUCGAUUUAUAUAAAUACAUAGUAAUUAUUAAUUUUUUAAAUACUCAAAAAGACUUAAUUGCAAUUUCUCUGUAUGAUAACAAAAAAUAUAAUAAUAUUAAUAAAUUAAUUGAUUAAACAGACAAAAGUUUAAAAAGAGGAUGAUGAAAGUGUGAAUGUGCCGAGUGAUUAUUAAUAGUAAUAAUAAUACUACUACUAAUGGUAAUACUAAUAAUAAUAGUAAUAAUAUUACUUCAUGAAAAAUGAAUAAAAUAACGUUGAUUAAAAAAAAAAAAUACAAAACAAAGCCUCACCAUGAAGCCUCACUCUGUUAAUUUGCACCCAUGCAAUAACAAAAUAUUCUUAUUAGAUUUUUUGCUGUAAUAUAAAUAAAUACAUUAAUUUAGUAAAUAAUCAAUGUUUCCUGGAAAAAAAUUAGUCAACGUUGUACGACUUAACCCAAAAAACGUUUUAUUUUUCUUCAAAGUUUAUCAUUAACGACCAAAUUUUAAGCAGUUAAUUUCAUAGGAAAAA